AUGCUAAUGGGAAUCGGUGAGUUCGAUUCAUCACCGUACGAUCUGUCCGGAAACUGCGGAUUCGAUUCCUCCCAGUGGGAGAUGCUCCAGAACGGCGAUAUUUGUUCCUUUCCCAUUGGGCUAUUGCAGACAUCAAGUCAGAACGAACUGUACGACCCCGAGAUACCUCCAAUAGCCUUGGAUGCAUACGUCUCUCCUGUAUCGUUCUCCCAAUCUUGUAAAUGCGACGAGGAGGUUUCCGAUCUAGUGCGGAAAUUGAGCCACGCGAAUAUAUCACACGAUAUCGUUCCGAUGCUUCGCACAGGAGUAUCCCUCACGGAGAGAUUACUUACCUGUCCUAUGUGCUACGACGUGUCCAAACCGCCUCGACUAACGGUUCAAAAUGUGCUCCUCAUCGGCCAACUUAUGCUCGAAACAACUUCUGGCUACCAAAAAUACCUCCGCUGGCUGAAUAAACACUGUACUGAGCUUGACAUCAGGAAUGAGACAAGUACUGUCUAUCUUGACUCCGGGGGAAUGCCUUCAGGGCUGAAUUUACAAAUAAAAGGCGAGAAACUCCGAGAUCUCGUCGUGCACGGCCUUCAGGCAGAUGCCGAACGGCUUUCGGUGUUGGGAAAUCAGUUUGCACAGCGACAACGCAAUCGUCACAUGGUCGGCCAUGAAACUUGCUCUGAUUCUGAAGACUAUUGUCGGAGAAAGAAGGAUGCUGCUGAUCAUGACCCGCUCGAUCUGUGUCCCCAUGAUCCGGUAGCGCGGAAGUUGAUGCCUUGCUUCCGUAUCGUCGAUGAAGUUCGCGGGAUGAUCAAGCAAGUUGCAGAUGCCGUUGUGUGA